AUGAGCAGCAUUCCUUCCGAGCCCAAGUCUCCGGCUGAGUGGCUCAAGUAUGCACAGAGUGGGGUCGUCACGUCCAUUCCAUUCAGACAAGAACAGACAACCAAUAGCAUCAGCGAGCGGGAUAUCUAUCUGGAUGCUUCGAAGAUCAUGAUACCACCAUCCCAGCUAUGGUAUGCUUAUACAGAUAUCUUUGCAUUCACACAGCCAGAAAUCACCAUCUCUCCAGAAGCCUACGGAUCAAUGCAAAUUAUUGCAAGGGUUCUUACAGCGGACACACCCACCAAUCUGAAGGUAGUUCCUGAUACGAUUUGCUGGAUUUAUAUCUACGCUUCCGUCCUUGACCAGCCAUUGUCAGUGUCGCUAGGCCCAGCAACGGGAAACGUGGGGGUGAAACUGAUCGUCUCCCCAGAUCACAUCGAUCUCGAGUAUCAAGAUGUUUACAUUCGAGCGGUGGAUGAGGAUUUGCAAUCGAGUCUCGACACGCAGUUGCGCAUUGCUCUAGUACUUUUUUGGAGGAACCCCUCCAUUGCCAUUGCCAUUUGCUCGUAUGUUGCUUCAGUGACCUCCGAUAUAGCGUUGAGUUUCUAUGCCCAGAUCAAUGCUCAGGCAGUGGCAUUGGGGCAACAGCUAGUAGCCCAGGCGAUGAUGGGGCCGGAUAUAUGUCCUGCUCCUGUACUGAAGAUUGACCGGUAUAUGUCCACCGUACGCGAUGCGCUUGACGCGGUUACAGCAUUUGAGGAGCAAUAUCAGCGUUUUCAGGAUAAUGAAUGCAAUGUGGGCAAUUGGAAACUGGCAUGGAAGGCAUUGCUUCAGCAUGCGCAAACCCAGCUACGUAAAGAUGUUACUCUAAGAAAGGUUGCCUGGGAGAAGUAUCGGGAUGCGUGCGCGGUUGUGGCUCGUUGCCAAGAGCAGUGCAACACUGAUAACAGGCAGCUCGGUGAUGCUGAAGCCACGUUUCAAGGUGGUCUUACGACAUGGUAUAGGACAACAUGCGUCGUUGCGGCGUUUGAAGCCCUGAGUGCAAUCAUCAAGUUUAGCAAUGCUCUUGCUAUUCCCUCGUCAGGACCUAAAUCUUGUAUCAGUAACGCUGCAAAAAAUAUCACAAGCGCAAUUGACGAUACGAUACAAAUAGAAAAGCAAUCCGAUAAAACAGGCAAAAUAAUCCCAUCAUCAACAUUCGAGACGCUUGGUGACUGCAUACAAACCCUUGAACGCAUGUACCCCAGUACGACACAUCUUGUUGCAGCAAUCAAGAAGCUUGAAUCGGGCCCUAAUGUUAGAAUUUCUUAUGGCGAGGUGACGGAGAGUAACGACAGAGAUGCCGAUGCUCGAACUAUCAUAACGCUAGCUGCGUGGGAUAAAUGGAUUUUUGAUUCCAACCAACAGUUGGAAUACGCAGUCAAUCAAAAUAUUCCAGGAGCUACUGCAUAUCGGCUGGCUCUCCAGAGGCAAGCUAUGAAUGGCAAGGCAUUGGCCCAAGCUCAGGUAGAGGCUGUGAGGGCUGGCCAUGAGUAUGUUCAGGCUGCGAUGGAGGUCAUUGCCUGUAAUCAAGACAUUUCUGCUUUAGAGGACUUGUUGGACCAAUUUAAGGACGAGAAGGAACAGUAUACCCAGGCUAAAGCCAAAUUCUUCAGCCGUAUCUUGGCCGUUCGAACCAGCCUUGUGAUGCAAAUGCAGAAACUGGUUUGGGCGUACAAAUACCAGUCUCUAGCGGAUAGUUCAGUUGUACUUGACUCGCAGAAGUCUAUCGCCGAUUUCAAAUCUGAUAUCCUCACUCUCGACUGGGAAAUUCAUUCAGCGGACAGAAAAUACGCCACAGAUUCCCAACCGUUCGAGUACCACACCUCCUCAAGCGAACUACCUGCCAACUAUGGCGAGUUAAUGAUCCAGUGGCUGCAAGGCGAGAGCCACAGUGCCAGCUUCACCCUUGCACCGACUAUCGACUCGGCUGACAAGAACAGCUUUGCCAGCGUUUUCAACGAUGGCUCGCAUUUCCGCCUGGAAGGUCUGGAAAUAUUCUUGCGAGGUGUCGUUCCCCGAUCAGAAGCCAUUCACAAUGGAGUCGCAAAGGUUGACAUUGACAUCCUGACGUCGGGGGUUUAUGGGGAUAUUGAGGAAGGAAAGAUUUCCCACUUUACGAGCCUGGCAAGACAAGUGCAAUUUUCUUAUGAGAUCACGGAAUCAGGUGAGAUAGGUGAUACGGUUGUUCACGCUCGAUUCCCAACAGAAGAACAUGCUGAGCCAACACCGUUUACUCAAUGGAUGGUUAAAUUGAGAAAUCCCAACGACUUGGAUUUAACGAAACUAUCUGGGGCUGAGUUGCACUGGAUGGGAAAGGCGAGGUUUGCGGAGGCGAAAGUAUCUAGUUAG